GAGAAGAAGAAGAUGCUGGAGAAGAUCGGACUGCCGGCGAAGCCGUCGCUGCGGGGCAACUGGGUCGUCGAUGCCUCCCAUUGCCAGGGCUGCUCCUCUCAAUUCACCUUCAUCAACCGCAAGCAUCAUUGCCGGAGAUGCGGGGGCCUGUUCUGCAACGGAUGCACGCUGCAGAGGAUGGUUCUGAGGGGGCAGGGCGACGCGCCUGUUCGGAUUUGCGACCCGUGUAAGAAGCUGGAGGAGGCCGCGAGGUUCGAGCUUCGGCACGGUCACAGAAGCAGAGCCGGGAAAGGAAGUUCAAGAGUUACAUCAAAGAAUGAGGACGAGGUUUUGGGCCAGAUUCUUGCUAGUGAUGCACAGGGAUCCUCAUCAGGAGCAGACUCUGAUGCCAACAUUGUUUCUGGUAUUGAAAGGACAACAAGCAGCGCAUCGAGUUUCAGUAGUCAAGAAUAUGUUGAUAUAGAUAGCUUGAGAGAGACAGGAUCUGCUACCCCUGAGGAACUGCGUCAGCAAGCCAUCGAUGAGAAAAAGAAGUACAAAAUUCUGAAGGGAGAAGGCAAACCUGAGGAGGCCUUGAAGGCCUUUAAGAGAGGGAAGGAACUGGAGAGGCAGGCUGAUGCUUUAGAACUUGCAUUAAGGAAAAGCCGUAGAAAGGUUUUGCCUGCUGAGAAAAUGAUCUCUGCAGAACCUGGCCGAGAAAACAAGCCCCGUGUGAGCAAGGAUAAGGAAAAGGACGACCUUCUUUCUGAGCUCAAAGAAUUGGGAUGGUCUGAGAUGGAUCUUCACAAUGAAGACAAGAAGCCUACAAGCAUGACUGUGGAGGGUGAACUGUCGGCUAUUAUUGGAGAAUUGCCUCAAAAGCCUAGUGAUGGCAAGACUAAGCCAGGCAUAGACAGGACUCAAAUAAAUACUCACAAGAGAAAAGCUCUUACGUUGAAGCGUGAAGGGAAGCUUGCUGAAGCCAAGGAAGAAUUGAAGAAAGCUAAAUUAUUAGAAAAGCAAGUUGAAGAGCAGGAACUUUUGGCCGGGGCCGAAGAUUCUGAUGAUGAAUUGUCAUCUUUAAUUCAAAGCAUGGAUGAUGACAAGCAAGAAACUCUUCCUCGGCAGAAACAAGACGAUUUUCGUUUGGACAACCUUAUAGGUGUUGCUGGCAAUCUUGACGAGCAGAGCAACUUUGAAGUCACAGACAAGGAUAUGGCAGACCCGGAAAUGGCUGCUGCUUUGAAAUCCUUAGGCUGGGCUGAAGAUUAUGAUGCAGAACUAGCAACACAAUCAAUUCAUUUUGACAGAGGGACACUAUCCGCUGAAUAUCCUUUGAAAACCAAGGCUUUUGGUCACAAACAAGAUGGGAAUGAUUCUACUCUUGUCGACAAAUCAUUUGUCACUCAAGGCCUUCAUAGUUCACUUGAUGGGUUGCCACGGAGAAGUAAAGCUGAAGUUCAGAGGGAGCUCCUGGGUAUAAAAAGGAAAGCUCUUGCUCUGAGACGUGAAGGUAAGAAUGAGGAGGCAGAGGAAGUGCUGAAAAUGGCCAACGCAUUAGAGGCUCAGAUUUCAGAGAUGGAAGCAUCGAAGAACAAAUUUAACACAGAGCAUGCCAAGCUCGAAAAUAAUAAAGUCAAAACGUCUAUUGAGAGCUCAGUCAAUGAUGAACCUGAACAGGAUGUGACAGAAAGUGAUUUACGUGAUCCAUCACUACUAUCGAUGUUGGAGGAUUUGGGCUGGAAAGAUGAAGUACCUGCACUGGCAAAGGUGCAAGAUGUAGCUUCUAAGAAAAUCACAGACAAUACACUUCAAUCAGUUGCUGAAUCUACAAUUGAAUCCUCAUCCAUGGUUUCCACUUCAGCCCCAAGAACGAAGGCUAAAAUCCAGAGGGAGCUCUUGGGAUUAAAAAGAAGAGCACUUGACCUUAGACGUAAAGGAAAACUGGAAGAGGCUGAGGAAACUUUAAGGAUGGCAAAGGCAUUAGAAAUGGAAAUCGAGGAAUUGGAGCUUCUGAAAGGACCUCUGCUUGAUACCCCUGAAAAGAGGAAUCCUGAGAGCUCAAGUUCUUCGAUUAGGCCUGAGGAACAUGGAAAUCUGGAUAAUUUGGUCAAAGUAAAUGAUGGGUCUACUGAAGAAGCAACGAGUCUAGAUGUUGGACCUAUGAACUUAGAGAGAACAAGAACUAACAGAGCUGAUACUCUUCCUGAAAAAUCAAAUUUUUGGAGCCCCAAAGCAUCUGGGUAUGAGGGAGAAUUAAUUGGCUCCCAAAAUUUUGCCCAAGGUGAUUUGGCAGCUAAAGGAGCCGCUUCCAGUUCUAAAGUUGUUCAUUCUGUUGACAUGAUGGAUUUGCUGACUGGCAAUGAUUGGACAAAUGCACAAGUUUCCGCUGAAAAACUAGAAGACAGACCAUGUUCUGUUUCCCAGUCAUCUCAUGAUAUUCCCUUGAUUCAACCAGUUGCCCCAAGGAGUGCUGAUGAAAAUAGGACGAGCAAAGAUGAAGCUAUUAUGGCAAUAAAAGAGACACAUGCAAAUAAGCGAUCGCUGGUCAAUGAAACAAAUGCUGGUGAAGAACUUCAUCAGAAAGGCCAAGUUUCCAUUCAACAAGAGAUUUUGAUUCACAAGAAGAAAGCACUCGCCUUGAAACGAGAAGGGAAAUUAGCAGAAGCCAAGGAGGAACUUAAGCAGGCAAAACUGCUGGAGAAGAGUCUUGAAGAAGACAAACCCCAGCCCAGUGUGUCGAUAUCUUCAUCAGCCAUUCCUCCCAUGGAAAUAAAGGAGGAGGAUACAUCAAAAGUGACUCCUAAACCAUUAACCAGUCGUGAGCGCUUCAAAAUUCAACAGCAGUCCCUCAGCCACAAAAGGCAGGCCUUGAAGCUGCGAAAAGAGGGUCGGAUUAAAGAUGCUGAAGCUGAACUUGAUUUAGCCAAGACUCUUGAGGCUCAACUGGAGGAGUCUGCUUCUCAUGAUUCUGGUAAAUCUUCUGAAGAUGGUAUGGAUGAUGUGGUCAUCGAGGAUCUUCUUGAUCCUGAGCUUUUUUCUGCCUUGAAAGCAAUUGGAAUAGAUGAUUCUAGCAUGGUAUCACGGGGACCCAAAAAACCCGAACCUGUGAAGCACAAUCUCCAAAGCAGAGAGAACUCUGGCCAAGACAGUAUUCACCUGGAAGAACAAAUAAAGGCUGAAAAAGUGAAAGCUGUGAACUUGAAACGAGCUGGAAAACAAGCUGAGGCCUUGGAUGCUCUCCGACGGGCCAAAAUGCUCGAAAAGAAGCUCAACACAUCGUGAUUGCGUGAAAAAACCUUACGUGAGGAGUGUCGAAUCCCUAGAUAAGGUAAUGCAUGCACUCUCUGGAGCCCUCCAUGGCUCAAUUGAACUGGCAAAGAAAUUUGUGCCCACUUGGCUCACUUACUGAUCCUUAAUCCAUAUGAGUCGAGGUUUGCUUCUCAUAGGGUUCGUCAGUGGAAAUAUGCUGCAGCUGUGAAAUUCGGCAUGGCUAGCAACAUGUCCAAAAGCAAAUUGUGCGGCGUGGAAGCGGGAAACCAUGUGGUGUCCCAUCGAUAUUUCGAAUUCGAAGUGGGUCUGGUUUAACGUUAGAGAUGUCUUGGGUACUCAGGAACAGAUUAUGGAACCAUAUCUACAUAAACGAUCAUUGUGUGUCUUGGUAGAAUAUUUAUCCUGAUUAAUAAGUAUCAAAUGGCGAUUCACUUCACGAGUUCA